AUGAUAACGACUAGCGUGGCACCAGUUACAACAGAUAUUCAAUUUAGACAUAAAUAUUCGAAGCAUGGGAAGACAUCCUAUAAUAUAAAGAGUACCAAUUUAGAAAUUGAUAACUCAGAAGAUAGUGAAGGGGAAGAAAUAAUCGAGUAUGCUAAUGAGGAAGGUAUAUUUAUUCAAGAACAAGCCAACGAAGAAUCGUUUAUUAGGAAACAUGAAAUACCAAGGAAAACAUUUCAUUCAUUCACCGGUAUUUUUACUCUUUGGUUGUAUGUAAAUGGAUAUAAUCAACGUCAAUUAGUUUUCCCUAUGCUUAUAAUGGCUAUUACAUGUUUCUUCCAAGAUUUUAUUAGGUUUAGAGUACCAAGCGUAAACGACAAAUUGAUAAAAUUAUAUUCUUCCAUGAUGAGAGAAAGCGAGAAAAACAGCUACAACGGAAUUCUUUUCUUCCUAAUUGGAAUAAUUAUCACUUCUUCGUUAUUGCCGAAGGAUAUAUGUUUAAUGUGCAAUUUAUUAUUAAGUUGGGGUGAUACCUCUGCAUCUCUUUUUGGUAGAGAGUUUGGAAAAUAUACUCCAAAAUUGAGCACCAACAAAUCAUUAGCAGGAAGCUUGGCAAGUUUUGCUACAGGGGUAGGUUGUUGCUAUUUAAUGUAUAUGUUUAUGAUUCCCAAAUAUCAUCAUUUGGUUGAUUUACCAAAUGAUAUUAUGUGGAGCCCUGAAACAUCAUCAUUAAAUAUUCAUUGUUUCGCAAUAGCGUGUGGAUUUAUUUCUAGCAUCUCAGAGUUUAUCGACUUAUGGGGUAUGGAUGAUAAUUUUACAAUCCCUGUAUUGAGUGGCAGCUUCUUAUACAGUUUAGUUCACAUUUUCAAGAAUUAUCCUUGA